AUGGUGAAGGCUGGAAUGGGGCAGGCUGUCUGUAAGGCACUAGAAAAACACCCCAAUUCACCAAUGACAGCGAAGCAGAUAUUGGAAGUCAUUCAGAAAGAAGGGUUAAAAGAAACAAGUGGAACUUCUCCAUUAGCCUGUCUGAAUGCAAUGCUUCACACUAACACUCGAAUAGGGGAUGGAACAUUCUUCAAAAUCCCUGGAAAGUCAGGCCUUUAUGCUCUCAAAAAAGAGGAGUCGUCAUGCCCAGCUGACGGAACAUUGGAUUUAGGCUGUGAGUCUGAACUGGAUGGCGCGGAAAUGGCGGAGGCCAAUGCCAGCGGAGAAGGAGAUGGAGUUUGUGCGAAGCAGGUAAACGAUGAAGCGUCUUCCACUCGAGAUUCAAGCCUCACGAACACAGCGGUGCAAAGCAAGUUAGCGUCUUCCUUUCAGCAACACACCAAAAAGGCUCUGAAACAGGCUUUGAGGCAGCAGCAGAAGAGAAGAAAUGGAGUCUCAAUGAUGGUAAACAAGACUGUUCCUCGUGUUGUUUUGACACCAUUAAAGGUGUCUGAUGAGCAGUCGGAUUCGCCUUCAGGAUCCGAAUCUAAAAAUGGUGAAGCAGACAGUUCAGAUAAAGAAAUGAAACAUGGGCAGAAAUCUCCCACUGGAAAACAAACAAGUCAGCACUUAAAACGAUUAAAAAAGUCUGGUUUGGGACACUUGAAAUGGACCAAAGCUGAGGACAUUGACAUAGAAACCCCAGGAUCUAUUCUUGUCAACACUAACUUGAGGGCAUUAAUAAAUAAACAUACGUUUGCUUCCUUACCUCAGCAUUUUCAACAAUACCUCCUGCUUUUGCUCCCAGAAGUGGAUAGGCAGAUGGGAAGCGAUGGAAUUUUACGCCUCAGUUCUUCAGCACUAAAUAAUGAAUUUUUUGCAUAUGCAGCUCAAGGAUGGAAACAGCGACUGGCAGAAGGAGAGUUUACUCCAGAAAUGCAGUUGCGGAUAAGGCAAGAAAUUGAGAAGGAAAAGAAAACAGAACCUUGGAAAGAAAAAUUCUUUGAAAGGUUUUAUGGAGAAAAGUUGGGCAUGUCAAGAGAGGAAUCAAUAAAGCUCACUUCUGGACCAAACAGUGAUGGAGCUGAAAGUAGUUCAUGUGGAGCCUCUGGCCUUCCAGGUCUUUCUGCACAGACUCCCUUGGAAGAGCAACAGCCAAAAAGCAUGAAAAGUCCAACUUCUCCAGAGCCUGGUUUCUGUGCUACACUUUGUCCUAUGGUAGAUGUAGGUAAAGAUGGAAUGGCAGAAUCAGACUCAGAAGAUAUCUUGAUCCCUGAAGAAUCCGUGAUUCAGGAGGAAAUUGCAGAAGAGGUAGAGACUAGUAUCUGUGAAUGUCAGGAUGAAAAUCAUAAGACAAUACCUGAAUUUUCUGAGGGGUCUGAAAGUCCAGCCAACUCUCAUGAAGAGCCUCACAUAGCACCUCCUGAAGAUAACCUGGAGUCCUGUGUUAUGAUGAAUGAUGUUUUAGAAACUUUGCCUCAUCUUGAAGUGAAAGUGGAAGAGAAAUCCGAAUCUCCCCAGGAAGAAAUGUCGGUUGUUAUCGAUCAGCUAGAAGUCUGUGACUCUCUCGUUCCUUCCACUUCCUCUGUGACUCAUGUCAGUGACACGGAACAUAAGGAGCCAGAAACUGCAGUAGAGACCAGUCCUCCAAAAAUAAAAACAGGGUCCUCUUCUUUAGAAGACCAGUUUCCCAGUGAAGGGAUUGCUGUAGAUAUGGAGCUACAGAGUGAUCCUGAUGAACAGCUUUCUGAAAAUGCUUGUAUCUCAGAAACUUCAUUCUCUUCCGAGAGCCCAGAGGGAGCCUGUACCAGCCUGACAUCCCCAGGAGGGGAAACUCAGUCCACCUCAGAGGAAUCAUGUACUCCAGCCUCCCUUGAGACAACAUUUUGUUCUGAGGUGUCCAGCACUGAAAAUGCAGACAAAUAUAACCAGAGAAAUCCCCCUGAUGAAAACCUUCAUGUGUCUUUGAUGUCAGAAAUAUCUCCAAUAUCCACUUCACCUGAAAUAUCAGAGGCAUCUCUGAUGUCCAAUUUACCUUUAACCUCUGAAGCAUCCCCUGUAUCAAAUUUACCUUUAACAUCAGAAACAUCACCCAUGUCUGAUCUACCUUUGACAUCAGAAACGUCUUCAGUGUCUUCCAUGCUUCUCACAUCUGAGACCACUUUUAUAUCCAGUUUGCCACUUCCUUCAGAAACAUCUCCAAUUUCUAAUUCUUCCAUGAAUGAAAGAAUGGUGCAUCAGCAAAGAAAGUCCCCUUCCCUAUCUGAAGAACCACUCUCCCCACAGAAAGAUGAAGGCUCUGCCCCUGCCAAGCCACUGGGGGAAAGCCUUCUCUCUCAACAGAAGAUUCUGUCAAAUACUCCUGAACCCAUCAAAAUGGGUUCCUCCCUUGUUUCUGAAGCAUUUCCGUCGGAGGACUUGCACAGUAAGACUCUGAAUCAGCAGCCUUGUAAAUCACGUGUUGAAACUGAGAAGGCCUAUCCUGCUUCAAUUCCAGAACUCCCUUCUAUAGAAAUGAUAAAAGUGAAAAAUCAUAAUGUCCUGCAAAGAACAGAAAAGAAAGGGGCGUCUUCACCAUUGGAGUUACCUGUGUUUUCUGAGGAGACAGAGAAUAAGGGAAAUGAGCUUCCAUCAGCUAAAUUACAGGACAAGCAGGGUGUCUCAUCAGUGGAUAAGGCUUCAUUUUCAGAAGGCUCUAGAAACAAAACACACAAGCAAGGGAGCUCACAGAAUCGGUUGGAGACCUCACAUUCUUCCAAGUUGUCAGAGCCCUCCAAGUCACCAGAUGGGAUAAGAAAUGAAAGUAGAGAAUCUGAGAUAUCGAAGAGGAAAACUGCAGAGCAGCACAGCUUUGGAAUUUGUAAGGAGAAGAGGGCUCGGAUAGAAGAUGAUCAGUCAACCCGGAACUUACCAUCCAGCAGCCCACCUGAGAAGGAACAGCCUCCAAGAGAGGAGCCCAGAGUUCCACCUCUCAAGAUCCAGCUUUCCAAAAUUGGGCCACCUUUCAUUAUCAAGAGCCAGCCAGUCUCCAAACCAGAGUCUCGCGCGUCCCCCAGCACAUCGGUCGGUGGUGGGAGGAACACAGGAGCCAGGACCCUUGCAGACAUCAAGGCCAGGGCCCAGCAAGCGAGGGCCCAGCGAGAGGCAGCCGCUGCAGCUGCUGUAGCCGCCGCGGCGAGCAUCGUUUCAGGAGCCAUGGGGAGCCCAGGAGAGGGUGGGAAGGCGAGAACCCUGGCACAUAUCAAAGAGCAGACAAAGGCGAAGCUGUUUGCAAAGCAUCAAGCCCGAGCCCACCUCUUCCAGAACACUAAAGAGUCCCGGUUGCCUCCGCUCGGCUCAAAGGAAGGGCCUCCAAGCUUAGAAGUCUCUUCUACCCCUGAAACAAAAAUUGAAGGGUCGACCGGUGUGAUUAUUGUCAAUCCAAACUGCAGAUCUCCUAGCAACAAGUCUGCGCACCUCCGGGAGACCACCACUGUAUUACAGCCAUCUCUUAACCCAGCUAAACUUCCAGAAACUGCCACGGACUUAUCUGCGCAUAGUUCUGACGAAAAUAUACCCGUGUCGCAUUUAUCUGAGAAAAUUGUUUCAUCUACCUCUUCUGAAAAUAGCAGUGUGCCCAUGCUUUUUAAUAAAAAUUCCGUCCCUGUGUCUGUUUGCGGCACUGCUAUGUCGGGAGCAAUUAAAGAACAUCCCUUUGUGAGUUCUGUUGAUAAAUCCUCUGUUCUAAUGUCUGUUGACAGUGCAAAUACCACAAUUUCUGCUUGUAAUAUAAGCAUGUUGAAAACCAUCCAGGGAACGGACACUCCGUGCAUAGCCAUUAUACCAAAAUGUAUCGAAAGCACUCCUGUCCCCGUCCCAGCCGAGGGCCGCGGUGUCUCGAGCCCCAUGGACGACAAGCAGUUGCCACUGCCCAGCAGCAGCGCUGGUAACCUCGUCUCCAGUCAGUACACCUCCGUGCCAACUCCCUCCAUUGGAAAUAACUUGCCAAACCAUCUCUCCACGAGCUCUGUCUUGGUUCCCCCGCCGGGGAUGAACAGCAGAUUUCCUUCUGAGAAGAUAGCCAUGCCUGGGGGUGAAGAACAGGCCCCCGGACCCCUGGGUACCACUGUGAGAGCCGCCCUCAGCUGCAGGGAGUCGGCAGCGGCCACAGACGCUCUGGCCGCGCGGCCGCCUAUCGCCAUGUUUACCGGAAGCAUGCUGACCCUCAGCUCUUACGAGGGGCCUCCCAAGUUAAGUGCUGAAAGCUCGGACAAACAUCCAGGGCCCCGAAACAGGGCAGACAAUUCUGGGAAACCUCAGCCACCCGCGGGGGGCUUCGCACCAGCAGCCAUAAACAGAUCGAUCCCGUGUAAAGUCAUCGUGGACCACAGCACCACACUGACCUCCACUCUGUCUCUGACCGUCUCCAUCGAAAGUGCGGAAGCCAGCUUGGACCUCCAGAGCCGGUCCGUGAGGACAGAAGCCUCCGUCCAGCCCGUGGCGUGUCCCCAGGUGUCCGUCAUCAGCCGGCCAGAGCCGCCGGUGGCCAGCGAAGGCGUGGACCAGGGCUCGAGUUUCAUCAGUGCCGUGGCAGCGAAGCAGGAGUGUACCCCGAUGCAGGCAGCCUGCCCAAGUCUCCGAGAGGGACCCCUCGUGGGUCCGGACAAACGGAACGAGGUGCCUGCUCCUAGCCACAGCUUCGCCGAGCAGGCACGGGGCCCAACCGCUUUCAAAAGCGAAGCCGACGCAACCUGUAGCAAUCCAUAUAACCCAGGCAGCCGGAUUUGCUGGAACGAGGAGGGGAUGCGGGGCGCAGGACAGCCCCUGGUGAGUCACCCCGCUUCAAGCAAGCAGAAAGAGUAUCUGGAGCAGAGCUGUCCUAAGGCCAUCAAAACCGAACACGCCAGCUACUCCCACAUGGCAGAGCUCCACCCCAGGAAUCUGAUAACCAGUGUCGCUCUCCCCGUGAAGUCUGAACCUCAUGAAGUGGACAAGGGCUUUAGGAUGGACACCGAAGACUUCUCCGGCCCCGAGCUGCCUCCUCCGGCCACGGAGGUCACCCCCAGUGGGCAGCAGACGCAGAACGUGAAGGCUCCCACCUCUGGUCCCAUGGAAGAGGCGAUUUCCUUGGCCGCAGACCCCCUGAAAAGGGUUCCCAGCGCGGGCAGCUCCGGCUGCCGACUGUCCUCUGUGGAGGCCAACAACCCGCUGGUGACCCAGUUACUCCAGGGCAACCUGCCUUUGGAAAAAGUGUUGCCUCAGCCCCGACUGGGAGCCAAGCUCGAAAUCAACAGGCUUCCUCUGCCUCUUCAAACUACCUCAGCGGGGAAGACAGCCCCCGAGCGGAACAUCGUUGAAAUGCCGUCCAGCUCUCCAAACCCCGACGGGAAGGGCUACCUGGCGGGGACCCUCGCGCCACUACAAAUGAGGAAGCGAGAAAACCACCCCAAAAAGAGAGUCGCCAGGACUGUGGGGGAGCACACUCAAGUGAAGUGCGAGCCAGGGAAAUUGCUGGUGGAGCCAGAUGGGAAAGGGGUGCCUUGUGUCAUCAACUCGGGCCUGACUCCGCUAGGAGGGCACAGCCAGCCCUUCAAGCAGGAGUGGCUGAGCAAGCACCCCAUGCAGAACAGAAUCGCGCCCAGCCCCGAGGUCAAGCAGCAGAAGCGGCUGCUCCCCUCCUGUAGCUUCCAGCAGAACCUCUUUCAUGUCGACAAGAAUGGCAGCUUCCACCCUGACGCUGGUACCUCACACAGACAGCAGUUUUACCAAAUGCCGAUGGCUGCCCGGGCCCCCAUGCCGAGCGCAGCCCUGCUACCGGCCUCCGCCAAGACCCCAGUGGGCUGUAAUGCGUUUGCCUUCAACAGGCAUCUCGAACAGAAGGGACUGGGAGAGGUUGGCCUUUCUCCCGCACCCCACCAGCUAAGGUUAGCCAACAUGUUGUCCCCCAACAUGCCCCUUAAAGAAGGUGAUGACGUGGGAGGGGCUGCACACGCAAUGCCAAACAAAGCCCUUGUGCACGCCCCACCCCCGCCCCCUCCCCUUCCACCCCCUCCGCCCUUGGCCCUGCCCCCGCCUCCCCCGCCGCCACCACCACCUCCUCUACCUCCACCUCUUCCUAAUACAGAAGUCCCAUCCGAUCAAAAGCAGCCACCGGUUACCAUGGAAACCACUAAGAGACUCAGUUGGCCACAGUCCACGGGCAUAUGUAGCAAUAUAAAAUCGGAACCUCUUUCUUUUGAGGAAGGUUUAAGCAGCAGCUGUGAACUGGGCAUGAAACAAGUUUCCUAUGACCAGAAUGAAAUGAAAGAACAGUUAAAAGCAUUUGCGCUAAAAAACGCAGAUUUCUCUUCCUAUUUGCUUUCUGAGCCACAAAAGCCUUUUACCCAAUUAGCUGCUCAGAAAAUGCAGGUGCAGCAACAGCAGCAGCUCUGUGGAAAUUAUCCAACAAUACACUUUGGGAGCACGAGCUUCAAAAGGGCAGCAUCUGCAAUUGAAAAGUCCAUUGGGAUUUUGGGAAGUGGCUCCAGUCCCGCCACGGGCCUGCCUGGUCAGAACGCUCAGAUGCCCGUUCAGAACUUUGCCGACAGCAGCAACGCGGACGAAUUGGAACUGAAAUGCUCUUGCCGGCUGAAAGCCAUGAUUGUGUGCAAAGGCUGUGGGGCCUUCUGCCAUGAUGACUGCAUAGGUCCCUCCAAGCUCUGUGUAGCUUGCCUGGUGGUGCGGUAA